AUGAAUGAACAGAUAAAUCGAGGCUAUAGGCCUCUGGCGCCGUGCACCAGACUGCUUGGAGGGGACGAGGGAGCUAGGAGCCCCGCUGCUGCGCCAGAAGAGAAACGCACGAGACGAGCUUCGACAGCUUGUACGGAAUGUCAAAGACGGCGAACUAGGUGUACCGGCCCUCCUUAUUGCACCGAAUGUUCAACACACGCUCGCGAGUGUAUCUUUGAUGAAGCCGCCGAUAGACGCCGAAAGACCUCAGCAAAAAGGACCAAAGAACAAUUGGAGCAUUACCGGUCAUUUGUGGACGACCUCCUGGGACUCAUCCGAGACCGCGACGGACCAACUGUGCAAUCCAUUGUCAACAUGAUUCGAUCGGGAGCAGAUCCAGGCGCAAUCCGUGAUCUCCUCACCCGUAUUCUGGAAGACGGGACUGGUCUCCCUAGCUCUAGCAAUGCAGUCCCACAACCUGUGAACCUCGACAUCGAUGGGAAUACCAACAUGGGCAACUACUUCAACCCCCAACCUCGUUGA